AUGUGGCCUCAAAUGUACUCUCGACAAGCACACCUAUCAUGGUUACCUGCUUUUGCUAAUCAAUCACCUCCUCCACAUGCUGUUGAAGCUACACCUGGUAUCUAUGUAAUUCGUGGUAGAACUGGUGAUGAUGUUAUCCCUGGAAAAUGGCCAGUAGAUUUAGGCAAAGGUUAUAUAUCAUUUGGUGGGAAGGAAGUUGAAUUACAAAAUUUUGAAGUAUUGUGUAAUACAAAUUUAAGAACCAGUCAAAAUUUAUAUUGUUGGUAUCCAAGUUCUGCUGGUAAUGUACCAGAUAAGGCAUUACAAGCUGGUGAAACAUCUUCACACGAAUCUUUAUUCAUAGCACGUGGUAUAGUGAAUGGUGAAGUAUGCGUAGGCAAAGUUCAUCCAUCACACGGUUGUGCUUAUUUUCCAUGGGGAGGUGAUGAACAUGCAGUACAAAAUUAUGAAGUUUUAUGUUUUGUUGAUUAA